AUGGCCAUGUACCAGCAACUCAGGCGUGGGGGCGCACCCAGACGCUUCGAUGAAUACUUCCGCUGCUAUCCCAUCGCCAUGCUACCCGGCCCAGAGCGUGAAGAGGCAAACCAUGGCGGCAAAGUGUUCCUUCCUCCCAGCGCUCUCGACAAACUCACACGGAUGCACAUCACAUACCCGAUGCUGUUCGAGCUCAUAAAUGGCAAGCAAGAUGGCAGGAAGACACAUGCAGGUGUGCUGGAGUUUAUCGCUGAGGAGGGCAAGAUCUACCUGCCGUACUGGCUCAUGCAGACUCUUCUUCUCGAGCCUGGAGAUCUCCUGCAGGUCAAGUCAACGGACCUGCCACUAGGCACCUUCAUCAAGCUACAGCCACAAGAUCCCUCUUUCCUCGACAUCUCAGACCCCAAGGCGGUUCUCGAGAAUGCCUUCCGCAACUUCUCCUGCCUCACCACCGGCGACAUCUUCACAUUCUCAUAUAAUGACAAUGUCUACAGUAUAGCAGUCCUAGAGACACGGCCCGACCAUCCCAGCAAAGCCAUCUGCACACUUGAAACAGACUUGUCGGUCGAUUUCGCACCGCCAGUAGGAUAUCAAGAACCACAGAAGACCAGCGGGACAAGUACACCGCGGAGUGGCAAGGGCGUCAUGGCAGGAAAAGGCGGCACACUACACUCACAUGGAACCAUGGCUGAGGCUAUCAACUAUGCUGCGAUAGCACCCUCAUCAACCACGGCCGCUGCUGGGGCCAAGGCUGCAUCAUCACACUUCCUCACCACAGGACACAAGCUCAGCAAAAAGGGCAGCAAGACACCUACUCCACAAGCCUCGACACCUGUUGCAGGACAUUCUACAAAUCCUCCACCAACAAUUCGGCGCACCAAUGGUCCGCAGCCGCUCAGAUUGCCAGAGGGUAAGCUGUUCUUUGGAUACGAGAUCAAGCCUGUCAAGGGCAAAGAAGAGGACAGCGAGCAAAAGGAGUCGAAACAUUUUGAGGGCGCUGGUCAGACACUGCGCAAGAAGAAGGGCGAUAAAUAG